UGCAAUAAACAAAUAACUACUUUACAAAUAACUGAUACUACUGGAACACAUCAAUUUCCAGCGAUGCAAAGAUUGAGUAUACAAAAAGGUCAUGCAUUUAUGUUACUUUAUUCUAUAACAAGUAAACCAACACUUGAAGAAUUAAAACCUAUAUAUGAUCAAAUACGUGAAAUAAAAGCUGAUCAACAAUGUGAUACACCUAUACUAUUAAUGGGUUGUAAAUCAGAUGAAGCUGCAUGUCGUGAAGUAACUGAAAAUCUUGGUAAACAACUUGCAUCCUAUUGGUCUUGUGCAUGGAUUGAAACAUCAGCUAAAACAAAUUCAAAUAUACGUGAAGCAUUUCAAGAACUUCUUAAAUUAGAUAAAAAACGACAAUUUAAUUUUAAUGUUGAUCAAGAUGGACAUUUACUUGAAGAAAAUGGUGGUACACCAACACCAUCAUCACCAGCAUUACAUGGUAAUAAACGAAUAACAACAACAAAUUCAAGUUCAUCAGCAACAACAAAUAGUGGUAGUAAUCAAAAUAUUACAGAAACAACAACAGCUGGUGCAGUUAUUACACGACCAACAACACCUGUUCUACAUGGAAAUAAAACAAAUCGACCAUCAACAACAUCGUCAUUGAAUACAAAAAAAAGUUCACGAACUUCACCUGAUACAUCAUCAAAUCGAGGUUCAGCUCGAAAAUGUCUGAUUAUGUAA